CUAAAGUGGUCCAGCCUGCUCUCCCUGUCUCUGAGUCUGUGUCUCUGUCUCCCUGCAGGCGUCUCUUCUCCGGCAGCGACUCUCUCCUGAUGGCGUCCGUGUUCCCUCAGCCUCUCGUCGGACAGAAGAAGAAGACGAUCGUUUGAACCCGCCGACCAUCCUUCCGUCCCAUCAUGGCCGACGACCUCUACAGCAGCACCUUCUCCGCCUCCGAAUCCGACUUCUCCUCCUCUUCGUCCUCGUCCUCUUCGUCCUCGGCGGCGUCCGCCUACAUCCUCACGCUGGAGCAGAGGGCGGCGUUCAUCUUCGUGCUCAUCCUCUUCAUCUUCCUGGGGCUGCUGAUCGUCCGCUGUUUCCGGAUCCUGCUGGACCCGUACCGCAGCAUGCCGUCCUCCACCUGGACGGACUACAUGGAGAAGGACACCUUCGACUACCGGAUUUCCUGACAGGCAGCCUGAGAGGCGGCAACUCCUGGCAACCAACAAGUUAAACUGAGACGACGACCACACUGAGCGCGUGCAGCAGAAACACGAGCACACGUUCCCCCAUCCAGAGCGACCGCGUUACAACGUGAACCUGAGUCCGCGUACGGAGGGACCUGGUUCCCCUCGUCAGAGUGUUUAAGGCAGGCGGGUCCACACAUCCUGGUGAGUCUCUCAAAAUAACAACCUGGUGUGAACUCGGCUCUCAGAGCGGGGAGACAAAAAUACACAUCAAUAUUUCAACAACAACAACAACCCGGCUUAGGAAAACCAAACACAUCUAACACAUUACUCAUGAGCCUGCGGCGGUUUGAACGGCGAGGAUGAAGCCUCCGUGAGUUUGGAUUUAAUACCAUCACCAUCUUGUUUUUUAGAGCCAGGAGAGACCAUAUGUUGAAGAGAGCGCGGCGCUCGGGAGGAGGAGGAGGAGGAGGUUAGCAAAUACUGAGUUAUCAGCAAAUGUAAAAUUAAUCCGUCCUCAGAGUUUAUUUUCGUACAAAUUCAACCUGAUUAGAAGGAUUUAUAUACUUUGGUGUCCCCUCAGUAACUCCUCCCCCUCUUCAUGCUCUCUGUGACUCUAAACA